AUUCGGCUGCCUCCGGAAGUCAAUCGGAUCCUGUAUAUAAGGAACCUGCCAUAUAAAAUCACAGCGGAGGAAAUGUAUGAUAUUUUUGGGAAAUACGGGCCUAUUCGACAAAUCAGAGUUGGAAACACUCCUGAAACUAGAGGAACAGCCUAUGUAGUCUAUGAAGACAUCUUUGAUGCCAAAAACGCUUGCGAUCACCUGUCAGGAUUCAACGUGUGCAACAGAUACCUCGUCGUUUUGUACUAUAAUGCAAACAGGGCAUUCCAAAAGAUGGACACAAAGAAGAAAGAGGAACAGCUUAAGCUUCUCAAGGAAAAAUACGGAAUUAAUACAGACCCACCAAAAUAAGCUGAUCUUUUGGAAAACUGUUUUCAAGCCCUGCUGUGGAGU